CAAUUCCAAGUUUUUUAUCAUUUUGAAUUUAUUAUAAGUCGAAUAUUUCAUACAUUUUUAACUAAUUUUAAUUAGUUAAGUACCGUUAUUCAUCGUAAUUUACUACUUUAGAUGUAUUUUAGUCACAUCUCAAUACCUCCGCAUACAUCUAAGUGUGUAACGUUCAUACGCGUUGAAAAAAAUCACGUAAUUUGGCGCAAUUCGCGGUGUGAUACAUAUGGUUGUUGAAAAGACCAAUUUGACCGUAUCGUUAGUUCGUAUCGUCUCUAAAAAAAAACACAUCUUUUCGCACUUUACUCGCCUGUGAUCAUGGAUCAGCCAGGACCAGCGAACGCUAACGACGAUAAUCAAGAACUGGACAACAGACUGAACGAAAUAGAUAUCCAUGAAGUCGACGAAGAUUCUACGGAUAGCGGCGAAGGUAGCAUAAUUUUCGUCAACGAAGACGAAGCUAGAGUCGAAGAACUCGUCGAAGCUGACGAUGGAGUCGUUAUUGACGACGAUAACAGCGACGAUAUGGAUCUGGGAGAAGCCGAAGAAGUAAACGGUUACAUAAACGAAGAUCGUGUUGGAGGAAACCAUCCACUCAUUAGGUUUUCCGGACAUACAGGUUCGGUGUUUUGGUGCGAUAUUCAUCCGAAUGAUAAUACUUGCGCUGUAACCGGAGGUGAAGAUGAUCGCGCUUUUAUAUGGAACAUUAGUACCGGAGAAGUGUUAUUCGAGUGUAAAAAUCACUCGGAUUCCGUCACUCAUGUCGGAUUCAAUUUCGAUGGUACUUACGUAGCUACUGGCGACAUGAAAGGUCUGAUCCAAGUAUGGAAAUUAUUCGACGCUGAGCCAGUAUGGAGCGAAAAAGUCGACGAAUUACAAUGGUUAUUAUGGCACAAAGAAACCAACAUAUUAUUCGCUGCGGAGAAAAGUGGUGCUAUAUAUAUUUGGAAAAUACCCAAUGGCCAAUGUAAACUUAUCCCCGGAUACGGUGCUGGCACCGAAUGUGGAAUGCUCAUGCCUGAUGGUAAACGACUCGUCGUCGGAUACACCAAUCGAUCAAUCAGAGUUUUUGAUCUAAAAGCUGAAACCGUCAUCGCCCACUAUAAACCACAAGCUGAAAUCGAAGAAAGUGCUACAGAUAUCGACGUUUUGGCCGAUAACACCAAUUUCGUUGCUGGAUUCACGGAUGGUGUUGUAUUGGUUGGAUCAACGUGGUCAUCUAAAACUUUAUUCGAAGUAGACACAAAAACGAAAGUAGAAUCGGUCAGAUUCAUUUCCCAUGACACUGCUCCACUAAUAGCGGUCGGCUCAUCAAAUGGUGUUGACAUCUGGGAUUACUCAAAAAAGGUUUUACGACAUUCUAUCGAAAGUUCACCAAUAAACAGAAUGUUAUACGAUACGACUAGACAAAUGAUCUACGCCGGAGGAGUAGCAGGCGAAGUAUACGUCAUCAGUUGUUUAAGCGGUAGCAUCAUUUAUUACUUUGUUGGUCACAGACACAAUAUUUUACAUUUAGAAAUUUCAAAAGACCGCUGUAAAUUGUUGAGCGCUUCCGAAGACACAAGAAGUAACGUUUACGAUUUGACUGUCUUAGAUGCCUUGGGAUGUUCGCAUUAAUUUUAUUAUUGUUGUAUAAAAUGUGUGAUAACUAAUUUUUACGUGUGCAGAAAAACGCUAUAUACAAAUGGAUCGAGUAUAAGUUUGUAAUUGUGAUGAAUUGUAUACUUAUGUAUAUAUUUUUUUGAGGAAACUGGGCUCUACUUUGAAAUAUUGUUAUGUUUUUCAAAUAAACAUUUUAUGUUGUAAUUUAUGCUAAAAAUUUCUUAGUUUUUGGCAUUUCUUCAAAGUUUUUUUUUUUUUACAUAGAAAUAUUUGAAUAAAACGUAUAAUUUUAAU